AGGGCAGCAGAGUUGACUUCUACCAACAUGAGACCUGCUGGGAUUCUUGUCUUCUGUCUCUUCUCCUCCAUCUUGUCAACAGUGACAUCUCUAAAGUGUCUAACAUGUGUUGCCUUUGGAACUAAAUGUGAAAUGUAUCCUAUGAGGUCGUGCUACAGAAAUGAAAAAUGUUGCUUUACUCUAGUUGCUAAUACUACUAUAGCCAGUACUCCAGGGUAUGUAAUGGUCAAGGGUUGUUCAGAAUGUGAGGACUGUCUUGAUGGCGUCUUCGUCACCACAACAGUAGAUGAUAGAUAUCAAAUAGUUAGCGGUAACUGUUGCCAGACUGAUCUCUGUAAUGCAGAACCGCUUCAUUCCGAUCAGUUUGCCGAGCUGAGGCAGCGGGGAGAUUCGGUGCGGGAGGAAAUAGAAGUGGAAAAUUAUGAUGAGCUUCAACCAAAUGAGUUACAGUGCCCAGGCUGCUUUGCACUAGAUGAGGAUUUUUGUGAAGCCAAUCAAACUGUAAUCUGUGUUGGCAAUACAGAGUACUGUAUUGAAAUAACUAGUGUCACAGAUGCUUUUGGAUAUUACAACGAAAAGUCCACUUACCAAGGAUGUGCGACAUCAAAUGUAUGUUCCCUCCCGCUAGGAAAUUCUACGAUAGCUGGUGGGCUGAUCAACUUCGAUAUCACCAUCCUGGAAUGCAGAAAUGCAUCUUCUUUUGAACCUGUUCAUCUGUGAUAGUUGGGAAAGAGCAACCUUUUUUUGCAAUUAUUGGGAAAUUUGUAAAAAAUGGGAAAGUUGCAGAUUUAAUAGUGAGAUAAGUAGUCUCACUAUUCAGUAGGCGAAAGCUGGAAAUUUGGGGCAAAGAUGUUGAAUUAUCAUGCUUUGAGACUACAGCUCAAUAAAAUAUGUGUUUUUGAUCUUCAAAGUCCACAGAAUCAUCAUAAAAAUAAAUUGAUAUGACAAAGGAA